GUUCAAAAAAAAUUAAUCAAUAUUUUUCAAAAAAAAUUAAAAAGUUUGGUUUUGGAAUUUUGUGGAACUGCUGACUUGGACUGGGGUGGGUCCCACAAGUUGUGUUGCGCUCUGUGUUCGCGAAGGAAGAAAGAAAGAAAGAAAGAAAGAAAGCAAACCCUUUUCGCGACGCCGUCUAAUUGGAAGAAUUCCAGUGAUUCGCGAUCAUCGUCGAGUUCGUGAACCUCGUCGCCAUGGCUUUCACACUCCAUGACGGUGGCAGUGGCGGCGGUGGCGGCGGCAAACGGUAUCAAAAAGUGCAGACCCACUUAGUGCCGAUGACAGGCGGGUUCUUGUUCCUGAUCUCGUUGCUGGGGCUGAACGAUACAUUGCGCAGAAACAAUUUCGUGGUUCCCAUCUAUUGGACCCCGAUGUUCUUCCUCAUCGUGGGACUCAUCAUCUUCAUGGACUUUACCUCAUUCGUUAUUCUGGUUACAAAAGAUGCCGCUAGAAAGGAGUUUUCCAGAAAAGGGUGUUCGCAGCACAGGACCGUUGAUUACACCAUGCCUUUUUCUUCCAAGAGUGAAAAAGUUAAAAUUUCAAAGAGGGCAAUUGGUGAUGAUGGGGAAGCUGUCGAAGAAGCGAUUGAGAGGGUCCUGCUAUGGGAAAAGGUUAUUGAUCAGUACUGUCGACCUGAUAGGAUUACAACAAAUAAACAGCAAGAGGAGCUAGAAAAAGUUGCAAAAAACAUUCCUAACAGUGCGCCUGCUUCUGUGAAGCAAUCUGCCAAUCGUUCAAUUCUUUCCCUGCAGAGCAACACUGGUUGAGGAUUUGACAAGAAAUUCCAAUUCAUGGAUAAGCUUGCACGGGAGGUCCCUCAACAACACAGUUGAAGUUUGGAAGGCUUGUUUCUGAUGAUGAUGUCAUGAUUACUGAGAUCCAUCUUUAUCUGGAAUCGAUAUAUGUUGAUUCAAUCUUCAUUUGAAAAAUAAUCUGAAAUGCAAAAU